AUUCCCUUACGUUUCGUGCCGGCCCAGCAUUACUUAACCAGCCCCAAUCCCCCACUCUUCCCCCAACCCCGCCGUCCCGCCGCCUCCUUCGCAUCGGAAACCCUCGUUCCAAUCCAGCGAAAUCCGGCGAUUCACGACGAAAGCUAGAUCGAUGGCGAAGAGCUCGUUCAAGCUGGAGCACCCGCUCGAGAGGAGGCAGGCUGAAGCUAACCGCAUCAGAGAAAAGUACAACGAUAGAAUUCCUGUGAUUGUUGAGAAGGCUGGGAAGAGUGAUAUUCCUGACAUUGAUAAGAAGAAGUACCUUGUCCCUGCCGACCUUACAGUUGGACAAUUUAUGUAUGUUGUGCGGAAGCGGAUCAAGCUUGGUGCUGAGAAGGCGAUCUUCAUCUUUGUGAAGGACACACUUCCGCCAACAGCUGCCCUGAUGUCUGCAAUCUACGAGGAGAACAAGGAUGAUGAUGGAUUCCUCUACAUGACCUACAGCGGCGAGAACACCUUCGGGCAGCUCUAGGCUAUGGUUCCCGAGUAAUCAAUCGUUCAAGAUGCCUCGUGUAAAUAACGGGCGCCAAGCAACUGUGUAUAUUCUGGUUUGCCUUGCUGUGGAAGUCUUUAUAUUCCGUAACCAAGAAAAAACAUAUUCGAAUGUUCUAAUGUCACAUUACUUAUUACGAAGUUAUUGACUCUUCUGAAAUCGGUCAAUUAUACUGCUCCCUUGCUCAUGCA